AUGCAUUCUUCGAUACCUUACAAUGAAUCUCCUUUCACAGUCAUACCGAAUUUCUUAGUCUGCGUUUGUUUUCAGUUAUUCUCACAUUCUUUUUUUUCUUUCCUUCUCUCUUUCCUUAAUUCUAACCUUUUUCCAUUCCUUACUUCUCUUCAUUCUUUCUUUAUUUUCUUUGUAUUCUGUAAUUUCUUCGUUCUUUCUUUUCAGCUUUCCUUCUUUCUUCCUCCCUCUCUUCCUUUACUUCUUCCGUGGUUCCUCCUUCCUUCACUUCUUUCUUUCAUCCUUCUCUCCUUUUUUCCUUUCUUUCUUCCUUCCUUCCUUACUUCUGUUCUUUCUCCAUUCCUUUCUUUCUUUCUUCUAUAUUUUCUUUCCUUUCUUCAAUCCUACACUGCUUUCUUCAUUCCAUGUGUGAUUCAUUCCUUUCAUGAAAUUCUCCCUUCUGUUUAUCGUUUAUUCUUUUCUUCAUCCACCAUUAUUUCUUUUCUUUCUUUUAUUUCAUUUUUUCCUUCUUUAUUCAUUCGUUCCUUCAUUAAUUCCUUCUCCGUCCGGUCAGCUGUUCGUUCGUUCCUUCUUUCCUUCCUUCCUUCCUUCAUCCGUUCGUUCAUUUAUCUGUUCGUCCGUUCGUCUGUUCAUUCGUUCGUUCAUCCGUCCGUCCGUCCGUCCGUCCGUCCGUCCGUUCGUUCGUCCGUCCGUUCGUUCGUUCGUCCGUUCAUUUUUCCGUUCGUUUGUUCGUCCGUUCAUUUGUUCGUUCAUUCGUUCGUUCGUUCGUUUGUUCGUUCGUUCGGUUGUUCGUUCGUUCGGUUGUUCGUCUGUUCGUUCAUUUAUCCUUUCGGUUCUUCCAUCCGUUAUUUCUUCCGUUCCGUCGGCUGUUCAUUCGUUCGUUCAUUCGUUCGUUCGUUCCUUCAUUUACCCGUUCGUUUGUUCGUUCCGUUCGUCACUUACGUUCCUUCUCUAUGUUCCUUCCUUCCUUCCUUCCUUCCUUCCUUCCGUUCCUCUCUUUCUCCUUUAACUAUGCUGCACCAUUCUCCCCGAAAUACUUAUUUAAUAUGUUCAAAUUCUUUUUGUUAUUUCUCUCAUUUAAAUCUUAUUUUUGAUUUUCUCUUUUAUCUACUCAUUUUUAUACACAUUUUUUUUCUCUUUCUUUCUGUCCUUUCCUGA